AUGUUGAUAUCUUUUCCAAAAUCCAGAAAGCUUAUAAUAUACUAUAAAAGCUAAAUUUGUGAGGUCUGCUCUUUAAAAAUUACAAAUGGCAGAUCUUAAGGACUUUUAUCAAUUUCAAUAUAAAUAAAUUUAUUUAUUUGCAUGAGUCAAAAUUUACCAAGCAGGCGCUCCCAGGAGUUCUCUUCUCAAGAUUCUAAUAGUACUUUGACAGCAAAAUGACUACUAUAUCCUACUGUAUAAAUAUAAAGCAUUAUGAUCUUGAUAUAGAGCAUCGUUAGCCUAUUUUCUAGAUUAAACGAUAUGUAGAAGAUAAACUUCUGCAUAAAAUUCAUUUGAGUAUGGAAUAGUUUCGUUUUUUAAUUGCGAUUUGCCUCGAGACAUUAUUAAUGAGGCAAUGAGAAAUGUUUCUCCAAAACCAUCCAAAUGGAUGGUGGCUAGAGAAAUGAAUUUACCAGAAAGCUGAACCAUAUGCGUACUGGUUGAAUAUGAACGUGAAAUGACCAUUGAUUCUCAUAUCUUUAAUUUUUUUGGGGAGUAG